GACGGUUGCUACAACCGUUGCGCACUCGCCAGCUUCUAAACGGGCGCAUUACUCACCGAUAUUCAGCGCUAUUUUGAGCUGCAGCCCAGUAAAGGACGUGUGGGGACGCUUUCUGAACCAUGGCUCUCCCUUCUUACAGCCACAGAGACCCAAACGGAAUGUACACUUUCUCAAGUCGGCCCAGACCCGUUGAGACCCGCUCCAAAUACAGAGAACCUGCGCCCGAACAGACCCAACGGCAGUAUGGAAACAUUAUGUAUGACCGUCGAGUUGUCAGAGGAAAUUCCCUCGGCCAGCAGCCAAACCCAAGAACCGAACAAUCCGACCCUGCUGCGGUCCAGCGGCAGCAGGCGUUAAAAAGGAGAGCUAUUGCGCGGAGACAGGCCAGGGAGCAGCUAAGAACCAAGACUCCCGACGCUCUGCAGGGUAGACAACAUGUCGACGUGCAAACAGAGCUUUACCUCGAAGAACUGAGCAACAUCAUUCAAACUACGGACAUUGAAUGUCAGACCGACGAUUUCAUGGACAGACCAGCGACUCCGCUCUUCAUUCCCGCCAAGUCUGGGGUGGAUGCUGAAACCCAGAUAGAGGAGGGAGAACUGUUUGACUUCGACCUGGAGGUGCAGCCUGUCUUGGAGGUCCUGGUGGGGAAGACGAUUGAACAGUCCCUGCUGAGGGUGAUGGAGGAGGAGGAGCUGGCCUGCCUGAGGACCCAGCAGAGGGUCUUCCAGGAGCUCCGAAACAACGAGCUGGCAGAGGUCCAGCGUCUGCAGGAGCAGGAGAGACGCCGCCGAGAGGAGAAAGAGCGUAGAGUUGCCCAACAGAAGGAGGCGCUGAUGAAAGAGCGGGAGACGGCGGAGAAGAUCGCCGCCCGGGUGUUCAGCCAGCAGUACCUGGCUGGGCUCCUCCCUUCAGUCUUCACCUCUCUGAGAAACCACGGCUACUUUUAUGACUACGUGGAGAAAGACAUUGAGGUAAAUUUUCUCCCGUGGCUCAUGGCUGAGGUCAACAACCAACUACAGAAGAGAUACACUGCAAGAGAGCUGCUGGACACCAUCAUCUAUGAGGUCACUCAGAAAAGGCUGGAGGAGUUCAGACGUCUGGAGACCGAUCAACAGAGCUCUGAUCCAUGAAAAGACCUGCGGAGCAGCAACUGUUCCCAUUACAAAUAAACACGUUUUUAUUAACCCAGCUCCCAAUGACCAGUGUUCAUAUUUCCUCAUUAUUCAAUGUGCUGUCAAAUAAAAAGCAUUGAAUGCAGUUCACACAAACUA